AAGGAGCGGGAGGAGCAAAAAGGUGGCAUGGGGGGGGGGGAGGAAAGGGCUCCCCACAGCUCCUCCCUUUCCCAUUGAUUCUGAUCUCAUCCAGGUACUGUAGCUGCUGCUACGCUAUUCCUUCCCCAGCAUCUACGUUUGCCACUCUCCAGGUGGGGGCUGGAGAUCUGCCAGAAUUACAAUUGAUCUCCAGAUAACAGAUCAGUUCCUUCCCCUGGAGAAAGAGGCUGCUUUGGAAGGUGGACUCUAUGAAAUUGUACCUGGCUGACAUCCCGCCCAUCCCCACGCCAUGCCCUCCCCAGGUUCUAUCCCCACCCCCUCCGAAUCUCCAGGAAUUUCCUAACCGGGGGUUGACAAUCCUAAACAGGCGGCAGAGAACGUCGAGCACCCAUCAGUGUUCAGAGCCAGUGACCUCCACAAGCUUUGAAUCUCUUUUCCUCCCCACAUGUGGAGUGUGUGUGAGAUCCACUUGUCUUCCAAAUGGAUUGACUCACUUACUUGAGCCACCAGUUUUGAAAGAUAAACCAGUAAUAACUUUAAGGAUUCUAACUGCUACAAGAUUCCUACAAGAUUUAUUUGAAUGGAAGACUAGGGUAAGAGGGUCCUGUCUUAAAUUUGCAUACCAUUCAGUUAUGUCCAAUACUAACAAAAAUGUGUAUAACAUUUUAGGAGGGGGCGCCUUACACUCUUACAGUAUGAGCAAAGUUAUGGAAACAAAAACAACAACAAAACCUGAUUAGAAAAGGUAGAAGAUAUUUAUAACAUAAUAUGAUUAAAUUACAAAGAUUUCAAAAUGCAAAAGGGGGGAUUCAAAUGGAGAGUAGUUCAUUGUAUGGAUGUAUGUAUACUUGCUGGAUAGAAAUGUCAUAUGGAUUUGGGUAGCAAAGAAGAAAAUGGUGGUUCUUUUGUAAUGGAAGAAGUGCGUAGCAAUUUUUUGUCUUUUCUCCCUUAACCAAAAUUUUGUAUGAAUCAGAAUAUUUUGUAAAUGUGUAAGCAUUAUACAUUUCACAUAAGUUUAUUAGACUUGUAAAAUCACACAUCUAAAAAAAGCAAUAGAAUGCAAAAAAAAUUGUUCUGCAAUGUUCAAAUUAUUAGAAAAUGGCUGGGUUUUUAAAAGGCAGCUGUCAAACCUGAGGGUCCUCGUGCUCCUCUUGAAAGUGGCUAACUAAGACACAUGUUUAUUUACUGCUGCCUGAGAUUCACUCGGCUGCCAUUCCGCAUUUGCUGCUUUUAAAUGUAUCUUAAUGCCUGUCCUCUCCCAUCACCAUCCUUUGACCAAGGAUCAGCAUGGUUGUUUAGAUCAAAUGCCCUAGAGUUUUGAGUCACGAAACUCAUAUCUUUGUGAGGUCAUCCAAGCAUGAAAAUGGAGGAACAAGAGCAUCUGAGGCCCAUCUUCAGGAAGCGGUCGGAAAAAUCCCCUGAUGUCCUCCAGGCUGGAUAUGUUAAAGACUUCCUGCAAAGGAGACUAAGAGAACAAAUUAAACAAGAACCAGGUGAAGGUUCCCUUCAGCUGUGGGAAGUCCAGUGGCAAGAGUUCCUCAGGACAGUGGACUCUCCUUGUUCCCAAUGGACAGUCCCACACUUGCCAGAGAAACCUUCACCCUGGGAAGAUGCCAAGGCCUUUCUGGCCUCCUUUGAACAAGUGGCUGAAGCCUGCCAGUGGCCCAAGGAAGAAUGGGUGUCCCGACUCCUCCCUGCCUUCAGUGGAGAAGCUGAGCAGGCCUUUAUCAGUGUGAGAGACAGAGACAGAGAGGAUUAUGGGAAAGUAAAGGCUGCCAUCUUGAGAGGGGAUGCCAUCAGCAGGGAGAAUAUUCGCCAACAUUUUAGGCACUUCUGCUAUCAGGAGUCAGAUGGGCCAAGAGGGACAUACAGCCAGCUUCAGGAACUUUGUCGUCAGUGGCUGAGAGUAGAGAAUCACAGCAAGGAGCAGAUCCUGGAACUGUUGAUCCUGGAGCAGUUGCUGAACAUCCUGCCCCCUGAGAUCCAGAGCUGGGUGAAGGCGAGCAACCCCGAGAGCUGCUCCCAGGCGGUGGCCCUGGCUGAGGAGUUCCUCUUCAGGCAGAAACAGCAGAUGCUCUCAGAAGAGGUAUCUAGGAGUGUCUCUGAGGCCAGCCAGCCGUCUGAGAAUGAGCAGAGGCAAUUCUGCAUGGAAACCGAGCAUGAAGAUGGUGUGGAUAGAAGCCUGCUGGAAGGAAGGAGUGAGGAAGACUCUAAAGGGCAGAGUUUUCCUCAGGAAGGCAUUGCAUCCCAAGAAGGACUUGAAAGCUCACGAGCAAAUAUUUCUUUCCCAACUGAGUUUGCUGAGGCCAAAGCCUGGAUUUCCAGAAGUGAGGGAGAGACAUAUAUGCUAGAUGGCUCGGAACUGGUGGGACCAUGUGGGACUCUGACAUGGACGGUGAAGCAGGGCUCAUUUCAAGAAAUCUACCCUGUGGAGGAAGCAGAAGAAGGAUCCAACACCCCCAGGGACACCUCAUCUCAGCCAGGAAUUGAUGCUUUGAAGAACCAAAACAUCUCCAGUGCUUUUGGGAAGAGCUGUAGCCGGAACCCCAGCUUUGUGAAAGCCCCUCAUCCAGGAAGGAAAGUACAUAAAUGCCUGGUCUGUGGGAAGUGCUUUUUUUCCCGAUCGAAUCUUAUCGUCCACCAGAGGACCCACACAGGAGUAAAACCCUAUAAGUGUCUGGAGUGUGGGAAAAGCUUCAAUCGUAGCACCAAUCUUACCACGCAUCAGAGAAUCCACACGGGAGAGAAACCAUACGCAUGCUUGGAGUGUGGAAAGAGUUUCAGUCGGAGCCACCAUCUUACCUCGCAUCAGAGAACCCACACGGGAGAGAGACCUUAUAGAUGCUCAGACUGCAGCAAAACAUUCUGUGACCAGUCAAGCUUCAUUAAGCACAAGAGAAUCCACACUGGAGAAAAACCCUAUAAAUGCCUGAAGUGUGGAAAGAGCUUUGGACAGAAUACAACCCUUGUUAAACAUCAAAGAAUACACACUGGGGCAGAAUUUCCAAUAUGAACCUUUUCCCUGUUGACAGCUAGAUUUUUGAAAUUCAGGAAUUAGUUUAAAAAGUAGGAUUCUUUCAGUGCUUGCCCCAUUCAUGUGGAACCCCUUCCCAACGGUCCUGUGCUCCCUUGGGGACUCUGGUUGCAUGUUGUAAUUUGGAUGCUUGGAAUAAUACUAUGUAUCUGUAUUAUUUUAACCCAGUUCUGGGAUUCUUCUGUGUUGAAAAGCAGUUUCAGAAGAACUGUAUGGAAAACCAUGAACAAAACUUUAUAUGGGCUCAGCCCUGGAAAAAGCAUGCAGAAGAACUUAAAAAUGAAUUAUAUAUAUAGUGCUCAGAUUAGAACAAGUGCUCAGAUUAGAACAAGUGCUCAGAUUAGAACAAAAGCUUUUUGGAGGAUCACACUUGAAAACCCAUCAGGGAAACACAAGUGAUGGUGUUGGAUUCUCAAAUCAGCGACAAAGGAAUUUGCUUGGGUCUCUUUCUCCCUAGAUGCCGUCUUUAUUUGAUAAUAAAGUAUUUUCUGAUUACA